CGUGCGUAACCAGGGCGUUGCUACUACUAAAGGGGCCACUUUUUAAGCUUCAAGUUUCUCUGACGGGACUUUGCUGUUAACGUUGAGGUCUCUCUGUCUCUGUCUCUCUCUCUCUCGCUCACACACGACUCGAUUGUCCAGAAUCUGCACAUAUCUCCAACUUGAAAAGUCGUCAAAAUGAUCGUCUUGUUGGCGGGCAUCAUUGUGCUUCAUCUGAGCGUCCUGGUUUUGCUGCUCAUUUCUACUAUUGUCAAUUCCUGGUGGUAUUACGGCGAAUCCUAUAGUUUGGAUAUCUGGCAGAAUUGUACAUGGGUCGAUUCCUGGAACUGCCAGCAAUAUACUACGAACGAAUGGCUGCAAGCUGUUCAGGCGAUGAUGAUCUUGUCCAUCAUCUUCUGCUUCCUGUCGGUGAUUCUGUUUUUCUGCCAGCUAUUUGCACUUCAGAAAGGAGGUCGCUUUUACAUCACUGGAGUCUUUCAGCUGCUGGCAGGCAUUUGUGUAAUGAGUGGAGCUGCGAUAUACACAGUGCAAUACCCGCACAUCCAUGGGGAGCGCUAUGAUGGGAGCUAUGGAUUUUCCUACAUCUUGGCAUGGAUUGCCUUUCCCUUGGCUCUUUGCAGUGGAAUUAUCUACAUCAUUCUAAGAAAACGUGAAUGAGCUACCAUAGAUCACCACAAUCCGUAUGAUGCCAUCUUUAGAGGAAUAAAAGAAACAUUACUGUUUUAAUUUGAAGAUGUAUAUAGUAUCUAUGGUUUAAAACCUAUUUAUAACACUUUUUACAUAUAUGUACAUAGUAUUGUUUGCUUUUUUGACAGAAGCUGUGUUUUGCAAGCUAAUUAAGUGCCUACAGAACAUUCAUUUUUAACAGUUUACGAUUAAAAAAAUAUUUUGCUGAAGCCAAAUUCUGCAACAAAAUUUUAUUUUGAAUAGAAUAUGUUAACCAAAGCGCAUGUAAAAUUAUAGCUAGUAAGCUGUUUUUUAAUAAAAGUGCAGCUUGUAUAAAUACAUUGCUAAUAGCUGACAAGUUUGAAUAGUUUACUCAUGUAGAUACAGAACUUAAAGUUUUCAAUGGUGCUAUGUAUUUACCAUUCCUUGUCAUAACCUUUAGCCAUCUCACUGGAGAAAUACUAUUUACAAGAAGGUAAAAUAAAUGCUUUAAUCCGACAGGAUUUACUUUGUCUAACUAUUUCUGUAUGGAAGGAGUUUUUUUUUCUCUAGUGUUAAUGUGAAGUUUUGAAAGUUAAUACAAGUUAGGGGCAGCAUCAUCCGGACAGGUGUGAGGGGUGAUUUGAGUGCCCACCAUAAGAUGCUGUCUGCAGCUUAAUGAGGCUUCAAUUAUGAGGGAUGUUUUGAAUGCCCACCUUAAUCCUUCCUUCACUCCAGUUUUAACAAGGCUUCAGAUGCGCGUCCAAGGGCUGCAGUCAAUGAGUUUUGAUGCGUGGCCUUACCCGAUUCACACCUAUUCCGUCUCCUUCCUGAGUCUCUUUAACAGCGACCAGACUUUCCCUUCUGAGUCUCAUUUAUCGGCGUGUGAAAGUAUAAUGCUUCAAGUGCAGCUAUUAGCAGUCGUCGUUUCUUUGCCGUCUGAGGUCCAGAGGACAGCAUGCAAUACUGACGGUGUUUGCGGCAGUUCUGUGCCCUUGGUGGAAGUAAUGGGCAGUGGACAGAAGCAAAUCAGUGUGCUGGGUGCAUGAUUUCACCAUCACACUGCAGCCUGUCCAACACCAGUCAAAAGCCAGUGUCCCAGAUCUAGUUUCUUUUUAAUUUCCUAAAUGCAAGAGGCAUUGCCUGACUGUAUUGUCAGAUGUUACUUAAUUUCAUUAUAAUAUAGCAGAAGAUAUCAGAUAACUUGGUGCAGAUAGGCUUUGUUCUUUAAAUGCUCAGAGAAUGCUAUAAAUGUAUUGAAAAUCUUAGUGUGCUGCAGUCAUUGCAAAUAUAUUGUCUGGAAAUAACGUAAACUACAGUUUGCUGGAAAUAUGAAACAAAAUGCUAAUAUUUCACUGUACUGACAAGUGUUCUGCUACUGAACAGUGACACGAGUUUUGCAAUUGCUAAAGGGGACCACGAAUAGAAAACUGUAGUGAAAGCAAAUGGGAAAUUAAAAAGUAAUGGGGAGCAAAAUAGAAUUAAUUGCAUGCUCGGAGAGGCAAGAUGCAUUUUUUUUUUCGAUCACAAGGAUCGUUUUAACAUGAAACAUUGUACCAUGCCACAGCAACAGUGAAUUGAAAGAAAACACCAUUGUCUAAAUUCGCUCAUUAUUUGCGUUAUCGUCUUCUGAACUGUGGGCUCCAGGUCAACAUUUAAAGUAAAAGGUUUUCACAAAUUAGUCAUCAGGUUACAUAUAUUGCAGUCAGUUGCUCUGAAGCUGAUACAAGUUUACUAACUUUAUUUUGCAUUAUCAUCUGACAGAGCCAUUAGCAUUGCCCUUCAGGGAUUAAAAAAGCUUCAUAUUUAUUUAUUUUUAAAACUUUUUUUCCAAAGUGAUGUUGGCAAAAUUAAAAAUAAGAUUUAACUAUUUUAUCAGCGGUCUAAAAUUGUUGUUGACUUUGAGACAAGCUUACACAAUGAUACGUGGACCUUUUUGGAGAUUGUGGGGGUGAUCAGUGUGAAAUGAUGUGUUAGCUUUUCUGUUUUAAAGCUGCAGAAUCUCAAGGUGACAUUGAUCAUAAGGUCAUCAUUGAUAGGAGUAGAAUUAGGCCAUUCGGCCCAUCAAGAUUACUCCGCCAUUCAAUCAUGGCUGAUCUAUCUCUCCAUCCCAACCCAAUUCUCCUGCCUUCUCCCCAUAACCCUUGACACCUCUGUCAAUAUGAUCAUUUCAUAUCAACAGUUGGCAUCUUAAGACGGGGAAGUAAAAUACAAUGUCCUGUUCAAAGUGGAAGCUAUAAUGGUCUCUGAACGAAACCUAAAUUUAACAAUGGAAAAGAAGCCUUGUGUGGAUGUUCUAUAGAUAUACCUGCUCUGCAUCACAAUGCAUCUCUGUUUAAGAUGGAUGUAGCUACAUUAAGUGCAGGUAUCAUGACAUCAGUACAUCAGUGUAAAAUCAGUUGCAGCAAUGGGAUCUCAAAAGAUUGAACAAAUGUGUUUUCAAAUGUUUAUUUUAUUUUUUUCUCCUUCAUUUGCUCCAUUGAAAUUUUACAAAAAAAAACACGAGGUUUAAGAGGCUGGAGUUUACUCUUAUGGUUGAGUACUUCUCCAAAUUGUCGAAUUUAGGUAAGAACAUUUAAUUCCAAAACGGCAAGAUGCUGUACUUGGUGGCUGGGUAAUAUAGUUUGUCGCUAAGAGAUAAUUUGUGGGUCACUGCAGCUUUAAGCAAGGUGUUUAUUACUGUAUAGCACCAGAGAUAAAACUAUACUCAUCAGUGUGGUUCACAACCACAGUCCUACACCAAAGGUAACCACUGUUUUGAAAACGUUUGGAGGAAUAAACAAAACCUUGGCACUACUCAAAAUAAAAGGAAAUGUUGUACUUGUGGCUGUACAGUCCUUUGAAGGAAUAAAGAGUGAAUAGUUUGCUAAAUUUAUUAUCCCUUUGGAAAUCUGUUCUUGUUUACAUAGUACAGUAUAAUGAAAUAUGACAUAGUUCUUAUCCUGUGUGCACAUAUGCAGAGUUCCUUAUGCAGCUUCAGUAAAGUUCAGUGGGGAGGGGUGGGUGGGCCGGGGUGGGUUGUUGUUUUUGAUGUUUGCUAACAGAAAAUGCCUUAUUGCAUAUAAGUGCAGUCAUGUGUUUGAUGUACUUGAAUAAUGAUGAAAAUAAAUAAUACUAGCUUAUCUGUGCAA